AGAAGAAGAGAAUGACUGCCCUCCCCUGCUACUACUUCUGAUGCCAUUUUACACCUAUUGUAUUGUUGGCCCCAAUUUGCAUUUACAAACAACGAGAUUGAAAAGGAAUUUGAAAUGAGGAGAAGAAGGUGGAGAUAGAUGACUUGGAGGCUGGAUGUUUGGGAGACUAAAAACACCAGGUUUCACACUUUUUUUUGCUGAUUCUAGAAUGAUGGGAAAUAGAAUAUGAUUAGUAAACAAGAUCGUUUGUUAAAAAAAAGUCCAAGGAAGGUAUGCCCAUUGGUUUUUUUAUGCUAAGAUUUAUUUAAUCAAUCUGAUUCUAUUAACAAUGUUAAAGUUGAAACCAUGUUCAAUAUUUUUUUUUUGAGCAUUAAAAAUAUCCAUAUUCACCGUGAAAACUAAAAAGCUAACACUAAGAUUUUUUUUGCUCGUUUCUUUCUACACGUGAAGGGAACAAAUCCAGAAAAGCCAUCAUUUUGUAAAAUUACGAAGUCACUUUUGAUAGUUUCGUAUAAUGUUAUCUCUAACAGCUCAUUUGGUUUUAAUUAGCACAAUCAUCGUCAAAUGUUCUGCUUUCUCCAAAAAGCCCAGCGAGAGAGCCAAGCCUGCAGCCGUGAAAAAAGCUGUGGAAGAUAAGCAACCAGUGAAAGUGACAGCUUUCGAACAAGCUUCUUUGAACGAAGACAAGGCUGAGGCGAUGUCAAAUAUUGAGCCAUCUCCCAAGAUCUCAAACUCCACCGUGCCUACAGCUCCUACUCCAAAGAAGGAAAAGAAGGUGGUGGCCACAACCAAAAAAACGGAAAGAUCUGUAGCUCAGGGACCACCGCUAGUUUCGGAACAUAUUAAAGAUGAGAAGAAAAUGCCAUCGGUUCAUAAGCCAAUUCGAAAAGGAUCGAUUUACGCGAAUGAAUUAUUGACUGAAAAACCAUUGACUGACACUGAACCAGAACUUCAUCCAGACAAUCAUGUUGUGAAGGCCAAAUCGCCAAAACCAGUUGCUCGAACUCCAACUGCACGCCAUCGUAAUGCUCUGAAACCAGGAAAAAUCAAUGAUAAAAGUGAUGAUACACUUCAUGAUGCUCCAUCGAUUCAGAAAGUAGGAGGUCCCAGUUAUGAAGAUGCAGCUUCUGUCAACGAAAAAGAAAAAGAUGUCAAUCCGAAAUGAAUCAACGAAGGAAUGAGCUCGAAUAAAAAUGUAUUGCCCUUUGAAUACGAUUAAGUCAAUAAAAUGUUUGCUGUA